GAAGGGCGGACGAAGCCGCCCGGGCGUCCCGGUCGGGGCGGGGCGCCUCGGCCCGGGUGCCCAGCGUCGGGAGCGGACGCUCCGCCGGUGCGCAGAUCGGGGGCCCCAGCCGGCAGGUCGCGGGCCGGAAGGGGGAGCCCAGCGAGCCGGGGCCCCGCGGGAAGCUGCCUCCCUCCGCUUCCACCCGGGCUUUCCGACGCCCACGCAACACUGGAAACCCAAUCUGGAUAAACCCCUGGAAAUGCUCUUACAAAGGUUUAUAAGACAAAAGGAAAAAGCCCACACCUCUUCCUUGAACCACCGGCUCCUCCAUCCAAUGGUCUACUCAUCUACUCUCAUAUCCUACAGGUACCUAAAUAUAUUAUGUUCAAACCUGAGCUCGCAGCUCUUCUCCCACCCCCAGCUCCAUCCAUAACCUUCCCCACUUCAGGAGUGGAAACUCUAUCCUUGCAGUUCCUCAGGCCAAAAGCCUGGGGUCAUCUUUGAUUCCUCCCUUCUUAUGCCUCAGCGUCUAUCACCAAGCUUUGUCAGCUCUCAUUUGAAAAUCUAUCUAGGAUCCAACCACUUAUCACCUCUACUAUCCACACCCUGGGCCAAGCUGCCGUCCUCUCUCACUUGGAUUAUUUUAACAGCCUAAGUGGUCUCCUGCCUUCACCUUUGCCUCACUUCUGUCUACUUAACUCAGCUGCCACAAAGGUAUUUUUAAAAACCUAGGUCCAAUCCUGUCACUUGUUUGUUCAAAACACUUUAAUGGCUCCCCAUCUCACUGAAAAUAAAACCAAAAGCUUAUUGAGGGCCUACGGGCCUUCCUUACAUGGCCUCCAGCCCUCGCCCUGGUCUCAGCCACCGCCCUCUCCCACACUCACCUCCUCCAGUGUCACUGCCUCCCAUGCUUGCACACGUCUACCCACACCCCUCCUUGGGCUUGCAUUCUUGCUGCUUGGAAUUCUCUGCCCACUCUACGGCCACACAUCCACGUGGCUUACUCCUUCCCCACUUCAGGUCUGUGCCUUCUCUGAACCCGAAUUCAAAACCCUCGGGCCUCACCAGCACCCUCUUGAACCUUCUUGGCUUAUUCUCCUUAGCACUUUUCACCAGUAAUAGUUACCAUCAGUUUAUCUGAUCUGUAUCUAUCUAUUUCUGUUUUCCCAAACUGGCACGUGGACUUUGAGAGCAAGCACUGUGUUCACUGCUUCAUCUUCAGUGUCUGGAACAAUCCCCAGGACAUAAUAGGCACUUCAGAAAUAUUUGCUGAAGGAAUAAUGAAUCAUCACAACCCCUCAGAAGUGGGUACUGUUGUCCCCAUUGGACAGCACCAAGAGUCUUAAUGACCACGUUGGGAUUAAUUAUGAGACUUAAAUGAAAUACAUGUCCGAAUCCCUGCCACACUGGAGCUACCCGAUAAAACUUCGUUUCCUGUUACUAGCUGUCAAACCCACACUGCGAAACGCUGCGUCCUAACGGGAACGUAAACCAAGUUUCUGGGCCUGCCUUCUCAACCUCAAAGUGCGCGCCCAUUUGAACCUAAAGGAAACGCCAUGAAUCAAAUGGAAAAAGGAAGUUGCGGGGGCGUGCAUUUCUCCCGUCUCAUGCUGCGCGAGGAGGGGCCUGGUUAGCCGCCUGGGAACUCGAAAAAAGUCUGCGGCUCUCACCACGUGCGGGGUGCUUCCCCGGCGGAGGACCACCACACGCGACUCCGCGCGUCUUGAAGCCGCUGCGCCGUAGAGUGAAGUGUCCCUCUGCCGCCGCCGUACACCGCGAGGCCCAGUAGCGCACUCCUAUUGGCUGGGCAGCUUGGCGCCAAAGCACGGAGGGGAGGCGACGAUCAGGAGCUGUGGGAGUGGGAAAGACAGGAGCAAAGAGCGGCGGCCGAGAGCCCGGCGACCGUUUGGCGUGAGCCCGGCGGCUGAAAAGGCCGCGGGACCGGGGCGUGUCCGCCAUGUUCUGCGAAAAGGCCAUGGAGCUGGUCCGCGAGCUGCACCGUGCGCCCGAAGGGCAGCUGCCGGCCUUCAAUGAGGAUGGACUCCGGCAAGUUCUGGAGGAGAUGAAAGCCUUAUAUGAACAAAACCAGUCUGAUGUGAAUGAAGCGAAGUCAGGUGGGCGAGGUGAUUUGAUACCAACCAUCAAAUUUCGACACUGUUCUUUGUUAAGAAAUCGACGCUGCACUGUAGCAUACCUGUAUGACCGAUUGCUUCGAAUUAGAGCACUCAGGUGGGAAUAUGGCAGUGUCUUGCCAAAUGCUUUACGAUUUCACAUGUCUGCUGAAGAAAUGGAGUGGUUCAAUCAUUAUAAAAAAUCCCUUGCUACUUAUAUGAGGUCACUGGGAGGAGAUGAAGGUUUGGACAUUACACAGGAUAUGAAACCUCCAAAAAGCCUAUAUAUAGAAGUACGGUGUCUAAAAGACUAUGGAGAAUUUGAAGUUGAUGAUGGUACUUCAGUCCUAUUAAAAAAAAAUAGCCAGCACUUUUUACCCAGGUGGAAAUGUGAGCAGCUGAUUAGACAAGGCAUUCUGGAGCACGUCCUGUCCUGACCUCACCCUGGGGUACUGCCAGGCUUCCCUGUGGUGCAUGGUGGAACCCAGCCACGGAAGCUUCUACACCCUCCUUCAUCCCCACCCCUCGUUGGUUUUAAAAGUUGCAUCCUUUAAGAUAGUCAGGAAUACUUGGCUAAGGAAUGUGGUAUAUUUUUCUGUUGUACAGGAUUCCUCCUCGUCAUUGUAAUAGGCUGUAUCUAUAAUGAUGACACUCCUACAGUUACUACAAUGUGUGGUUUUUUUUAAAUGAAAGUGAACAUUUAUUACAUUUGUAUCUCUUUUAAACAAUGAGAGAGUUUCACGUGGCUGUAUAGGGAGCAGGUGGGUCCUGUGCACCUUGUGUUGUUUCUGCUGCUGUGCAUCGUGCAAGCCAGGGGUCUGAAUUUCUAGAAUACAUGUUUCCAAAUCACAUGCACAGGUAGAGAUGACAGUCCAUAAAAAUUUUCAGUAUAUUUAAUGUUUAAAGAUGUACUAAUUUGUCAUCUGGCUAUUUGGGAAGAAAGGAAGGACACAAUGGGUUUUGCCCAUUUCCAACAGUGGUGGCUUGUCUGGCUUGUGCCUGCCUACAAGCUUGUAGGUGAGCACCAGUAUCACCACUUUGGAAAGAAAAAUAGAAAUUGGGGCUAGAAAAGGAACUUUGUGCAGUCUUCCCCCAGACUUACCUUGACUGAAAAGUCACUUGAAGAGUUGGUCGGCCAAGUGGAGGGCAGUUUCUUUGUCCAAUGAACUGUGAAUGGUGUAGGAGCUGGAGAGGCACAGAGUGGUGUUGCCUGGUACUCAGUGGCCUUUCCCCACCAGUCACCUCCCUGUGCAGUCCAGUGAUCGGAAAGAGGCAUUCAAAUGUAAAAGUCCAGAUAAGCCUGGUACCUGGCACACACUGCAUGUGCAGUUUCAUUUUUAUAUAGGAGACUGUUUCUGGCUGAAAUUAUAUUCAAGAAAUCAAGUUAUAGAAACCUUUUCCUACCAUGUGGAUCUGUAUGUUUUCAUAAUAGACCUACUUAGGUCAGUAGGCUUCCCUUUGCAGAUUAUUUACAUUAUUAAAAAUAAUUUCUCCCCAUAGUUUUCAGGCCAGAUCAGGUUUUCAUCUAAAUCUUUGGUGAUACACAAUAAGGAAAAUUUCCUGAGUGAAUGAGAUGGGUGAUGUUGACGUCUAACUGCCGGUCUGUAGUCACUUCCUUCCCUCGUAUUCAACUCCCAGAGCAUGUGGAACCACACACACAACAAGCCCAGGUCCCGGAGCCAGGUGGCAGGAUCAACAGCCAAGAGGACAUGGCCGUGUGGCCAGCCCAGCAUCAUUCCCCAACUUUGAUUAGACGAUGUAUUUUUUGUUUAGUUACCCAUAUAAAAUAAUAAAGUAUAUUCCUUAUUUGAAGUGAAUGUAUACCAGUUGAAUUUGAAAUUUUGGAGGUUUUAUUGAUUUAUAUUGACUGGCUCUGUAUUUAGAAUUGUGGCUAGAAUUUUACACAUAUAUCAUGUUUUCUUAUUAUGAAGGUAAUAAAUGCACAGUUAAAAAAAA